UGGGCCAUGCACGUACAUGCCUCUCCUUGUCUCUCUCAAUCUUCUCACUCUCUCCUCCAUGCUCUUAUAUAGGAACCUUCCUUCCUCAUUCUCCCCUCAGCCAAAUUCCACUCAAAGAACAUUUUCUUUCUCUCCAAAAACUCUUUCAAAACCCCUCAUAUACCAGCACAUAGACAUGGCAAAGAUUGGCAAGCUAACAAAGCUCAAGUCAGCUAUAAAGAGAUGGCCAUCUUUCACCAAGUUAGCUCGCACAAAAAGCUCUAUUGCUGCCAGUAAUGAUCAGUCCGACAACAAGAUUGCAAGUGAACUCCAAGCAGUUUAUGUGGGGAAAUCGCGCCGGCGAUAUCUUUUAAGCUGUGAUACCAUUUGUCACCCUCUCUUUCAAGAACUGAUAGAGAGAUCAGGUGGGUUCGAUGACGGAGAAGUAGUGGUUGCUUGUGAGGUGGUGUUGUUUGAGCACUUGUUGUGGAUGCUUGAGAGUGGUGGCUCUCAGUUGGGGUCCGCGGAGGAGCUUGCUGAGUUCUACUACACUAGCUAAAUAACUGAUGAUGAUAAGAUAAAAAAGUUGAUCAAGAUUAGAGGCAAAGCAAAUUAGGGAAAAUAAUUAAGGAAGUAUGUAGACUAAUUGUAUGGCGAAGAUUAAUAGAUGCUUUGCGUGCUGUUCAGGAUUGUCAAUUCUAUUUUUUUUCCCAUCAUUUUCUUGUCUAAUCUAGCUUUUAGGAUUGUGAUCAUCAACCGCUAAAUGGAAAUAUUUUUUUUUAUUUAA